CUUUUUCAUAGGUAGAGCCUGUAUCCAGUUGCUCUAUUUUCAGCCAGUUGUUUUUUAUUUCGCGCGAAACAGAUACCCCCAAACAGCUUGGUUUGACAGUUCACUGUCCAAUUGCAUCGUGUGGCCUCUGCGAAUACCCAUAUUGCACUCGUCACUUUGCAUAGGAAAUAAUCGGAAUAAGUUAUUUUAAAUCGCCGGCGGGUCCUCGUCAUUGGGGACCAAACGAAGCAUGGCAGAACCAGGAGAGAUCACGUUUUGUCCUGCUCGGGUCGAUCCACUCACAAAUGUUCAAGUAGCUGACUUCUCUCACAUAAAUUACUUCACGGGUGAAAAGUCAGAAGUAGGAACUGAGGAUAAAGCUGGUGAUAGUGUCCCGGAAGAUGAUGUAGAUGAGGGUCAAUCCCAACCAAUUUCGCCUCACAGAUCGCCACCAUUAGAGUCCUCACCUAUUACACCUACUACACCUACUACACCCGUGAUAAAAUCAUCAUCACAUAAGACCAAGAAAGAAAAGGCUGCAAAAGUUGAAAAGUCCGAAAAGUCCGAACCAGAAAAACCCAAGACCGCACCUGCGUCCACACUGGUAAAGGAACUUACUGCGAAACAGAAGAGGGCUGCUAAAAAGAAGGAAAAGGAAAAGGAAAAACGUAAGAAGAAGGCUGAUGAUGCCGUGAAGGGCAUGGAAUCUAAUACCGAACCAUCUGAACCUCCACCUCCAGCAGCGGAGGCUGGCGAAAAGGAGCCACCAUCCCAAACUAAGACCAAUGAAGGAGAGGACACAUCGUCACCAUCGCAGUCAGCAGACAUAGAUCCCGCCCCGAAUCAGAGUAAAGAAGUCGACACCGAUGCUCAGCCAGAAGCUCAGGUAGAGUCAACUGAGACUGGAGAAAGCAAAGGGUUAGAACAAGAGGCUUCUCCACCACCAAAUUCCGCACCAACAAACGAUCCAUCAGACACACCAGCUGUGGAGCCACCCACAGAACAGGCACCAACUGAGCCUGAUCCAGUACCUCCCAAGGAUCCAGUUGAGCCGCCAACCAAGACAGAGGCAGAGCAAACGAACGGGGACGGGGCAAACCAAGACACGCCGGAAGCUCCAGAGGAAUCUGGCACUACUAUAGAUGGCGACGCCAAACCGCCUGAACGCCAAACCGAUACACCUCCUGAGCCACCCGGCGAUCAGGCCGAUCCUGAGGUGGCAAGUCAGGUAACGGAGGAAACGGCGCAAAAGACUGAAGAUCCACUGCCUGCAGAGACGGGAAGUGUGCCUCUGAGUGAAGAGCCUAAGCAAGAAGAAGUGACAGAAGCAACACCCGAAUCCGUAAGUACUUUGAAUAUUUCUAAUAUCGCCUUACUUCUGAAGACGCAUCAAAGUGCCAAGGCUAGGUACUUCGGUAACUUCCGAUAAUGUUUGUGAUCAUUAACACUUAAUUGCAGGCCCUGGCACCUGAACCGAAAAAUACGGAUGCUGUUCCAGACAAGGCAGCCGGUGAAGAUACCGAUAAUAAAGCCGACGCUGAUGCUUCUCCGGCCGAAGGUGAUGUUUCGGAACUGGCCGAACAACCCCAAGACCUAGCAACUACGGAGGAAACAAAUACGAGUGAACCUACCCCAGACGAAAGCGCACCAAGCCCCGAUGAGCCGAACACGGCUGAGGUUGAGGCUGAUGAAAAACCGGCCCCCGCCGGAGAAAACCCCCCGGUAGAAGCCUCGUCGGAUAAAGCCGAAGAGCCGCCCGUCCAAGUCGAGCCCAAA